AUGGCGGCGACCGCGGCGAAAUCGCGUGUGUUCCUGGAGGUGCGGAGGCAGCUGCAGAGCGCGCUGCUGAUCCUAGGAGAGCCAAAAGAAGGAGAUAUGCCCAUGUAUAUUUCCAUAACCUCGUCCUCACUCCAGAUGAAAACUCCUGAAGGCUGCACAGAGAUCUGGCUUCCAGCAGAGGUCAGGCUUGUACCUUCUUCUUGCCGUGGGCUGCAGUACGUCCCUGGAGAUGGACUGCACCUGCGGUUGCAGGCCCAGGCGGAAUUCAGCCCAAAACUGAUUUCAGUGUUUAAUCAAAGCUCACAAGCCCAAGAAUAUUGCACAUUUUAUUGCCAAUCCUGUGGUGAAGUCAUAAUAAAGGACAGGAAGCUCCUCAGGGUGCUCCCACUGCCGAGUGAGAACUGGGGAGCUCUGGUUGAAGAUUGGUGCUGUCAUCCUGACCCCUUUGCUAAUAAGCCACUUCAUCCUCAAGAGAAUGACUGUUUUAUUGGAGACUCUUUCUUCUUGGUGAAUUUAAGAAGCAAUUUGCAGCAGCCCAGACCUGAACCAGCCCUAGGGGAGAUGUACUCUAUUUCUUCUGAGAACCAUUUUAAAUUGGAACCAAAGGCAAAUACCAAAGUAAUCUGUAAGCGUUGCAAGGUAACGUUGGGAGAGACCAUGUCAUCAGAAACCACUAAGUUUUAUAUGACAGAGAUAAUUAUUCAGCCAUCUGAGAGAAGUUUUCCCGUUAUACCAAGUUGUGCUUUGAAACUAUGGCUUUUAAACUCAGACAGUUUGGUGAUUGCAUCUUUGAGAAGUUUCAAAUGUAUCAGAAAAUUUCCCCUGUUUGAAGACACAUUGAAAGCAGAUUCUGAUUCUCCCUGGAAUGCUGUCAAGGUCCUCUACCAGCCAUGCAUCAAAAGUAGGAACGAAAAUCUUGCCAGCUCAUGGGAAAGCGACAUCAGUGUCCACUCUCUAACCCUCCCCUCUGCAACCUGUUUGGAGCUGCUGUUGAUAUUAUCAAGGAAUAAUGCCACACUGCCCCCAUCCCUUCGCCGUAUGAAUUCCUUUCAGUUGAGCUUCAUCAAAUUAACAGUUUUAUGUGUAUGCUGUGUGGCUUAA